AGAGAGAGAGAGACGAGAGAGAGAGAGCGGAGAGAGAGAGACCGAGAGAGAGAGACCGAGAGAGAGAGAGAGAGAGAGAGAGAGAGACCGAGACGAGAGAGAGACCGAGAGAGAGACCGAGAGAGAGACCGAGAGAGAGACCGAGAGAGAGACCGAGAGAGAGACCGAGACCGAGAGAGAGAAAGAGACCGA